AUGAAGUCAUCUGGUCACAAUGUCACUGCCAUAGACCUAGCUGCUUCUGGGGUUGACCCUCAGCAGGCAAAAGAUCUGCAAUCAAUUUCUGACUACUGCAAGCCCUUGACGGAUUUCAUGGCAGCUCUUGAUCCUCCACAUGAUAAGGUCAUCCUUGUUGGUCAGAGUCUUGACAGCAAAUACACAAAUGACCAAGGCCCAAACAAUCCUCCAAUCACUCUCAUAUUCGGCCCAUUGUUCUUGGCAACAAACGUGUACCAACUCAGCCCAACUGAGGAUGUAGCACUGGGCACCAUGUUAAUGAGACCUCAACGCUUGUUUAGUGAAGAGGACAUGUGCAAAGAACUCAAGCUAACCCAUGAGAAUUACGAGUCGGUCAAUCGGGUUUACGUCUUAUCCGGCGGAGAUUUGGUGGAGAAGAAGGAUCUUCAACGGUGGAUGAUUAAGAGGAACAGGCCAAACAGUGUGGUGGAAAUCACAGGAUCUGAUCACAUGGUCAUGAUUUCUAAGCCAUUAGAGCUGUGGGUGCAUAUCCAAAGAAUUUCUGAGAAAUAUUCCUAA